AAUUGUAUACAGAAAUUCAAAUAAACAAUUUAAAAUUUAGUUCGUUCGAAUUAUGCGUGUAUAAUGCCGGUAAAGCGCCAACAAGAAAUCUAGUGCUUUAUGCAUACAUAAAUAUGCUUUAUUGAUGAUUUGAUGAAUAUCUUGACUGGAUAUUCAUCGCUAGCGCCAGAUUGACUCGCUGUGACCUUUUCUGUUUUCUAAAGUGAAAAAUUCUGUUACGGGAACGCGCCAUGAGUCAUUCGGUGUAUAUAUAAGUAGAUCGACAGGAAAAUUGGCUGUGUCGAAUAUAAAAAAGGUCCAGAAAAAAAUUUAUCGAUUCGUUUUGCGCGCUGAUACUGAGUGUGUAUAUUUGAGAUGAUGGUGACAAUCAAAAGGUUUAGAUUAAGAUGUCAUAAAACGAUUGAAAAAAGUUGGUAUAUGAGCCUCGAAUAACUGACACUAAGACCCCUAGGAUGUCACUUGUGAGGCAUUUGAACCGAACAAUCUUGCUGAAGCGCAAUCAGACGGCACAUUCAUGCUUCUUUCACAAAAGCUCUCCAUUAAAAUCUAAGAAUGACUAUCUAAUUGAUUCAGCUGAGUAUGCUUUCCUCAAGGAUAUUGGUCUAGAACGCGAAAACUGUGGUGUAUAUAAUGGAUCGUGGAAAGGUUCUGGGGAGGUAUUAACAUCUAUUGAUCCAGGAACCGGGCGCAAGAUCGCUAACGUUCGUGUGGGAACAUCUGAAGAAAUGAAUGAGGCGAUAAAAGUUGGAGUGAAUGCAUACCAGCAAUGGUGUCAGGUGCCAGCACCUGUACGUGGAGAUAUUAUACGUCAAAUUGGCGAAGAAAUGCGCAAAUAUAAAGAGCCUUUGGGAAAGCUUGUCAGCUUAGAAGUUGGAAAAAUAUUCAGCGAAGGACAGGGCGAAGUUCAAGAGUUUAUUGAUAUUUGUGAUUACGCGGCAGGGCUUUCGCGAAUUUACUCAGGACAGGUAAUCAAUUCUGAACGGCCGGAUCAUACAAUUUUGGAAGCUUGGCGUCCUUUAGGCUUAGUGGGCAUUAUAUCAGCAUACAAUUUUCCGAAUGCCGUCUUUGGUUGGAAUGCUGCAAUAGCUUUGACAACUGGAAAUAGCGUUCUUUGGAAGGGAGCCCCAACUACGUCUCUAGUCUCAGUGGCGACCAUGAAAAUCCUUUCUGAAGUUUUGAAACGUAAUAAUUUACCAUCCAUUGCAGUGCUUUGCCAAGGAGGCGCCGAUGUGGGUCAGAAACUUGUUAGCGAUGCUAGAGUGAAACUUGUGUCGUUUACUGGCAGCUGCGAAACUGGUCGCAACGUCGGAGUGGAGGUCCAAAAACGUUUUGGCAAAGUUAUAUUGGAGUUGGGUGGUAAUAAUGCUUUGAUUGUGGACCAGGAUGCUAAUUUCAACAUGGUAUUAGAAGCUGCACUCUUCGGUUGCAUUGGCACUUCCGGCCAGCGUUGCACCACAACACGUCGUAUAAUCGUACAUGAGAAACUAUACGAUCGCCUGGUUAAGGAAUUGGUAGUCAAAUACAAACAGGUUCUUCCAAAGGUCGGUCAUCAAUUAGAUUCAAAUACACUAGUUGGUCCAGUGCAUUCUCAACAAAAUAUUGAACAUUAUAAAGCCGCCAUUGCCGAAGCUGUCAAACUCGGUGGAAAAGUUGCAUUUGGCGGAAAUGUGAUACAGUCUGAAGGUUUCUAUGUGGAACCGACUAUAAUAACUGAUUUGCCACAUGAUUCUCCAGUGGUGCAUCGUGAAACUUUUGCUCCAAUUGUUUAUAUUCUUAAAGCUAAAUCUAUUGAAGAGGCAAUCGAAUGGAAUAACGAAGUAGAUCAAGGUCUGUCUUCAGCGAUAUUUACGGAGAACAUAUCGAAUGCGUUUAAAUGGAUUGGUGCACAAGGCUCUGAUUGUGGCAUAGUAAAUAUAAAUACUACAACUAAUGGCGCGGAAAUAGGCGGUGCUUUUGGUGGUGAAAAACACACCGGUGGAGGUAGAGAAUCCGGUUCCGAUGCAUGGAAACAAUACUGCAAACGUUCGACAAUAACAUUGAAUCAUUCCGGUAAAUUAGCAUGUGCACAAGGUGUGGUUUUCAAUGUAGAAUAAACGAUACAUACUUAUAUGAAGAAAUUAAA